UCCUUAGUCCUCGGGCACUUCCCUCGCUCGCGUGGCUUCCUUCACUACAGCGGCGGCGCGUGGCAACCCAGGCCCCUACCCAGCCCGAGCUGGAGCCCUCAGUCCGCGCCAACUCCACCCGAGCCCGAGGCGGCUGUUUCUCUAGACUAGCGGGAGAAGGAUCACAGGGACAGGAGGGAGGAGCCAAGGAGGAGGGGGUGGGGCGACCCUGACUCCUUUCACUAGGGACCGCGCCGCAAUUUCUUGGGGCGCAGCAGAGAAAGCGAAGAAAGCGAAGAACUGCUAAAUGACUUUAACCUAUAGGCUCCCGCACAGGCCCCAGUCCUCCACACCUUUCCGCCAAGCCCAGUACAAGCCCACACUAGAACUUCCCAGGACCUAAAGAGGGUUCCUUCCGUCCUUACGUUAUCCGCCGCUUCUCCCAACGCCGCCAAGGAAAUGGCUACCGCAGAAGUACUGAAGAUUGGCAAGAAACUCUAUGAGGGUAAAACAAAAGAAGUCUAUGAACUGUUGGAUAGCCCUGGAAAAGUCCUCUUGCAGUCUAAAGACCAGAUUACUGCAGGCAACGCAGCUAGAAAAAAUCACUUGGAAGGAAAAGCUGCAAUCUCAAACAAAAUUACCAGCUGUAUCUUCGAGGUGUUACAGGAAGCAGGUAUCAAAACUGCUUUCACCAAAAAAUGUGGUGAGACAGCUUUUAUUGCACCUCAGUGUGAAAUGAUUCCAAUUGAAUGGGUAUGUAGAAGAAUUGCAACUGGUUCUUUUCUCAAAAGAAAUCCUGGUGUCAAAGAAGGAUACAAGUUCUACCCACCUAAAGUGGAGUUGUUUUUCAAGGAUGACGCCAACAAUGAUCCACAGUGGUCUGAAGAACAGCUUAUUGCUGCAAAAUGGUGCUUUGCUGGACUUAGCAUAGGUCAGACUGAAGUGGAUAUCAUGAGUCAUUCCACACAGGCUAUUUUUGAAAUACUGGAAAAGUCCUGGUUACCUCAGAACUGUACACUGGUUGACAUGAAGAUUGAAUUUGGUGUUGAUGUAACUACAAAAGAAAUUGUACUUGCCGAUGUUAUUGAUAAUGAUUCCUGGAGACUCUGGCCAUCUGGUGAUCGAGCCCAACAGAAAGACAAACAGUCAUACCGAGACCUUAAAGAAGUGACUCCUGAAGGCCUUCAGAUGGUGAAGAGAAACUUUGAAUGGGUUGCAGAAAGAGUGGAGUUACUUCAGAAAGUAGAAAGUUCGUGCAGAGUUGUGGUGUUGAUGGGCUCUACUUCUGACCUUGGUCAUUGUGAAAAAAUUAAGAAGGCUUGUGGAAACUAUGGAAUUCCCUGUGAACUCCGAGUAACAUCUGCCCAUAAAGGGCCAGAUGAAACUCUAAAGAUUAAAGCUGAGUACGAAGGAGAUGGUGUUCCUACUGUAUUUGUAGCUGUAGCUGGCAGGAGCAAUGGUUUGGGACCUGUGAUGUCUGGUAACACUGCAUAUCCAGUAGUCAACUGUCCUCCGCUUACACCUGAUUGGGGGGCGCAGGAUGUAUGGUCCUCACUUCGAAUGCCUAGUGGUCUUGGCUGUUCAACUAUACUUUCACCAGAGGGAGCAGCUCAAUUUGCAGCCCAGAUAUUUGGAUUAAAUAACCAUUUGGUAUGGGCUAAACUUCGAGGAAGCAUAUUAAACACCUGGAUUUCCUUGAAGCAAGCAGAUAAGAAAAUCAGAGAAUGCAGUUUAUAAGAAAAAUGCAAUGCAUUUUAAAGAGUGGAAAACAAAAAAAUAUUCUAAUUUAGCUACAAAGAAUAUUACAGAUCAGGCGAGAGAAAAGAUGAUUCUAAACUAAUCAUAGAAAAAUACUAAUAAAAUUUCUUACUUGGUUUUAUAUCUUAAGUUCACAAUCUGGUAGAGUGUGUGUUGUGUUUAUCUUUAGUAUGUAUGUUCCUUUGUAGGAAAACUUUGUAAUCCUGACUGGAAAAUAUUUUUAUGAUCCGUUACCCAGUAUUCAGUAAGAGUUAGAGCCAUGUUGGGUCUCAGAUAAAUGCAAUUAUUAAUUUCCUACCUUAGAGCUAGCUCUCUAAAAUUACUACCAGAAAACCUGCAAACACCCUAAAUUUAGAAGAUUAAAACAGAGCUAUACUUGGAAAUAAUAGUAGGAGCCAUGACCUUUAUCUCCUAUUUGCACUGUAUUUAAUUAAAAUCUCUUAUGUUCAUAA